AUGGACCAAUCCAUCUAUGACAGCUUUCGCUGGCUGGAUGAAGAUGGCGAUCUCGAUCUCUCGCUGGACGAGUACCACUCACACGUUGCCAAUGCCGCGACAGGCAAGGCCAAAAUCCCUCGGCUUCCUUCCUUUCGACGCUCGCUCUCCUUUUCCACAAACACAAUGAAACACCGAGCUUCACCGUCCAUGCCAACCCGAGCUUUCCCAUCCAGCCAUACCAUUCAACCAUUAUCACCACUCCCGCCUCUCUCCCCUCUCUCCCCAAUCACCCCGCGCUCCAAUCGCCGCUCAACAUCCCGGCCUCCAUCGCGCCGUCUGCAAAGCAGCCACGCUGCCAAAUCGUCUACUUCCAGCAUCGACCCAUCAGCCCAAUACUACCAUGAUCCCGAUGCCCGACUCAAACUCCGUGUCUAUCUCGCUUCCCCGCAGAAAUUCGACGAGGCCAUCGAAUUCGGAUUCCCCUCUCUAGACCAAAUCCACAACCAACAAAACAAGGAGAAUAUCUCCCCAGAACCAACAUCCCCCAGGCCCUCCCGCACCUGCGCGGGAACCUUCUUCGAAGAUGACGACGGAAACGUCGUCGGUAGCCCAGGCGACUCAAUCGAAGAACCCUCCCUGCCAACCUCCACUUCUGCUCCGGGAUCCGGACACGGAGGGUACGCACCUACAUCUACAUCCGCGGCGGGAUCUACAUCAGCUUCCGCACCCGCCGCCGUAGCACCACCCCAGCCUCAGAUGCAAAGUUUCCCCCGCCUCUCAAUGCGAGAUACUCCCCGCCCUUCCGUCGAUACACAUACGAAUACCCCAUCCCUCCUCCAACGCCGUCAAUCCAUUCUCCCCAAAUCAACCAGCAAGACCCCGCACCGCCUCCCGGGUAAUCGCGAGAUGACUCUGAAAAUGACUCUCACCCGCCCGGACCUGCGUGAGGAGUCUCCGACCCCGUCUGCUACGCCUGAUGAUCCUUUGCGUCUGGCGGCGCUUCCGCCGGCUGAUCGUACGCAGCAGAUUUGGGAUGAUUUGGAUGAGGAGCAGGGUGUUGUGAGGAAGAUGUGGAGGAAGUUACGGCGGAGGGUGUGA